AUGGGAUUCUCCAAACUUUUCGAUUUUUUUCAGACCUCCACUUGCAUUGCGUCCCCCCUCCCCCCCACUGCCCUUGAAGGUCUCCUCCUCUCCUCUCCAGCAGGCCUGAUCCCUUCAUUGACGCCAACUGGCAAGCCGAAAGCCUGCAGUGGCAGCAUUUUUGCUUCUCCCGCAACCAUCUCGAAUGCUUGUGGCAAAAAGGCCUGUCUCAAGCUUGUUGGGAAGCUUUCUUACGGUGCUCGCAGCCAGUCACCCGUCAAGCAAUUGUCCAAUCUCAUCGUUGCUUUCACUUCGAGAUACCUCUCCGGCGCCAACCCCGACAGCCCGAGUCAUCGCCCGAACCCUGUGCCUGAGCAGCAGGACCCUUACCCGUCCACCGCAACCAUCUGGGUCCAAUCAAUCGUGGCAACUCUAGUGCAGCUAUCCAGACUUGUGACAGCCGGAAGUUCCUCUCCGGGCCAAGUCGCUACUUGUAUAUUGUACACAACCUGCACUUACAUCUGUGACUACUUGGCCGAGAUCCAAUCAUCCUCCGGAUCAUCGCAAUAUGCUUGGAAAGGGUUUACCAGGAAAUCGGGGCCGCCGGAGGUGGAAAUGAGCAAAAACAAAGCAGAAAAUAUCCACGGCGCACGCCGUCCAAGGAUGCGAGCAUGCCAAACUGCCGUUUGA